AUGUCCUUACACCCCACCCAGUCGGCGCCUGCGCCCUGGAAAAAGACGUUCCAAGACCACCUGGACAAAUCGGGCGGAGCGAGCGCCGAGUUCAUCCUCGCGACAGUGACGCCCAAAGGCGAGCCGCGGGCCCGGACGUGCAUCUUUCGCGGCUUCUGGGCGACGCUGCCGGACAACGAGCACAACAAGCUACCCAAGAACCCGGCCGUGUUCGAGUCCGACUGCCCCACCUUCACGACGGACGCACGCAUGGACAAGACAUACCACGUCUUUGCGACGGGUAAAGGGCAAGGCGAUCUGGCGCAGUCUCGCUCGGGAACGGGCGGCGGCGGCCCGGUCGAGGCGGUCUUCUGGUUCAAGCAGACGAACACGCAGUGGCGGGUGCGGGGCAAGUGUUGGGUCGUGGCCGCGGACGAUAUCGAGGGCGGCACGCCCGAGGCGCAGAACUCGGGCACAAUGACCGUCAAGGCCGAGGUGCAGCGGUACAUGCGCACGAAAACGGACGGAGGCAGCGAGGCGGACGGGAACAAAUCCACCUGGUCCUGGCGACGCGAGAUGGAGAAUUACUUUGAGAACCUGUCGCCCAUGAUGCGGGGAUCUUUUAAGAAUCCGCCGCCGGGCCAGCCGCUCGCGGAGGGCAGGGACGACGAGGCGGGAGAGGCGCUGGGGCAAAAGGCAGGGCAUUUGUCGGACGAGCCGUUGGCGAGGAAGAAUUUCCGCGUCGCGAUCAUUACGCCGGAGCAGGUCGAGGCUGUGGACUUGACGGAUCCGGCAAAGGCCACGAGGCAGAUUUGGACGUUGGAUCAAGAGCACGGCGGGCCUGGCGGGCCUGGGCCGAGUGAGUCGGUGGGUGAGUGGAAUCGGGUCGAGACGUGGCCGUGA